AUGCCAGAUAGGGAUAAUGACGCCGAAAUCCAGUUAACCCCUGAAGAAGUUCUUACCGAAGUGGAACGCAAGAUGGGCCGGGCCAUGGAAGCCCUGGACCGGGAACUUGCCAGCCUGCGUACCGGCCGGGCUACCCCCUCACUCAUCGAAAACGUAAGCGUGGACUAUUACGGAACGCCCACGCCCCUCAAGCAGAUUGCAUCAAUCUCCGCGCCGGACGCUCGGGCAAUAAUGGUCCAGCCUUGGGACAAGCAGGCCCUGCGCGACAUUGAGCGAGGCCUCAUGAAGUCGGAGAUGGGAUUCAAUCCCUCCAACGACGGCAACAUGAUCACCGUUCCUAUCCCGCCUCUGAACCAGGAACGCCGCCAGGAACUGGUGCGCCUCCUCAAGCGCAAGAUCGAAGAGGGCAAGGUCUCCGUCCGCAACGUCCGCCGCGACGGCCUCGAAUCCCUGCGUAAACUUGAGCGGGACAAGGCCAUUUCCCAGGACCAGAACCGGCGCAGCCAGGACCAGCUACAGAAGACCACCGACUCCUUCAUCAAGAAUAUUGACCAGGUUUCCACCGCUAAAGAAGCGGAGAUCUUGCAGGUCUAG